AUGGAGCUCACCAUGGAGAACCUCCACAGCGUCUCCUCUCACUCCCAUGCGUCGCCGUCACCCAGCUCCACUCCCAGGAAUCUGGUCCCACAUGGUCCCGGCUCCCGGUCAUCCAUGGUGUCCGGUAUGGCUUCACUCCUGGAGGGCUCCGGUGGUGGGGACUACCGGUCAGAUCCAUCCUCCCUGUCCGGACACCUGCACCCGUCAAUCAGCAUGUGCGAGACCGGGAUGAGCCUCAGUAACACCUACACCACGCUGACCCCUCUGCAGCAUCUACCUCCAAUAUCCACAGAUAAGUUCCAUCACCCUCACUCACACCACCACGCUGCCGCACAUCAGAGACUCUCCUCCGGGAACGUCAGUGGCAGUUUCACGCUGAUGAGGGAGGACCACCGGGGGCUCGGAUCCAUGGGGAACCUGUACAGCCACUACCCGAAAGAGAUGUCUGUGUCCGGGAUGGGUCACGGCUCUCUCUCCCCUCUGGGUUCUUUGCACAACUCCCAGCAGCCACUUUCAGCUUAUGGUCCAAGUGCACACCUGUCCGAGAAGAUGCUCUCUCCUGUGUCAGGGUUCGAGUCCCACGCUUCCAUGCUGUCCCGAAGUGACCAAGAGCACCUGGCGAGGAGUUUAGGAGGUCACGGCCACGGUAUGAUCUCCAACCUCAAUAUGCACCAUCACCCACAUAGUCACCUGCACCCACAGGUGAGCGGUGCAGGGAUGCUGGGGGACCGGGAGAGGCACGGUCAGGGAGCCGGGCAGGUAGGGUCAGGCAUGCAAGGGGAGGAGAUCAACACAAAGGAGGUUGCUCAGAGGAUAACUGCAGAGUUAAAGAGGUACUCCAUCCCUCAGGCCAUAUUCGCCCAGAGGAUCUUGAGCAGGUCGCAGGGAACCCUCUCAGACCUGCUGAGGAACCCCAAACCCUGGAGUAAGCUCAAGUCAGGCCGGGAGACCUUCAGGAGGAUGUGGAAGUGGCUGCAAGAGCCUGAGUUUCAACGGAUGUCUGCUCUGCGGCUGGCCGCAUGUAAACGUAAGGAGGAGGACCGAGGACGAGAGCGCAACCAGGUGCCAAAGAAGCAGCGACUGGUCUUCACCGACCUGCAGCGUCGCACCUUGGUAGCCAUCUUCAGAGAGAACCGCCGCCCCUCCAAGGAGAUGCAGAUCACCAUCUCCCAGCAGCUGGGCCUGGAGCUCUCCACAGUCUCCAACUUCUUCAUGAACUCACGCCGCCGCAAUAUGGACCGCUGGGACACUGAGGAGCUCUCCCACGGGGUGCAUGGCCACGGCGUGCACACUUCUCACGGAAACAGCAACAACAACAACAACUCCUCACCGAUCCAACCCGGUUCCUCCUCUGCAGCCACUUUCUCAACGGCCUGA